AUGCCCACCGGCCCGCGCAACCCCUCCUCCGGCACGCGUAACGCCGCGCCCGGCGGCAAGCCCCGCGCGCAGCGCGCCCCGAAGCCGGCGGACGCCGCGCCCAAGCCCGCGCCCAGGCCCGCGCCCAAGCCCGCGCCCACGUCCGUGCCCACGUCCGUGCCCAAGUCCGUGCCCAAGUCCGAGCCCAAGUCCGAGCCCAAGCCCGAGCCCAAGCCCCAGCAGAGCUACUACGUGCCGGUGCCUCGGUCGCCUGUGCGUUACUGCCGUGCGUGCGAAAUCGACCACUGGGCCCUGCAGCAUGUCUGCAACUAG